AUGAGGUACUCGAUUCGCUUUGCCACACUAUUGCUGAUGUAUAUGGUCCGACUGGAAGCAAAGUUUUUACCAGGACCAUGCAGCCAGCAGUCCUGUCUGAAUGGUGGUACUUGCUACGCCGGCGUGAAUUCAACCCAUUGGUGUAGAUGUCCUCGAACAUUCAGAGGUGAUCGAUGUGAGGUGCCGAUGUGCGGAAAGGAGUGUCAAAAUGAGGGCAUCUGCGUUUCACACGACAACGUCACCUUCAGCUGUCAAUGUCCGUUA